AUGCCAGCGAAGCGUCCAUUAGCGGUUACACGUUCAAGAUCAUAUUCCAGUUCGUCCGAACGCUCUCGAAAACGCUUUCGAUCGAGUUCCCUAGCAGGAUCAUUGGACAACGACGACGGAAACUCUCCGCUUAAAGUAUACAUUGUACAGGCCAAAAUUGAUCAAGAUGAGCUUCUGGAGCUGUUCAGUUUCGUUGAGAAUCAAGGAAAUGAAGAGCCCACAGGCUUCGAGCAGAGGCUUCAGCUAGAGUUGUGUAGCGACUUCAAGGACGCCAACAUCAUCAUUACGAAAGUUCGAAUGAGGAAGCGGCUGGAGAGGCAUAUCGACUGGGGCAUCGCUAAACAGAAAGCCAUCGUAACGCCAGACUGGCUUCGGGAAUCAGUGAAGCAAGGCCAUCCAGUCGAAUGCGGGGCCUACGCAGCUCUGGGUGAAUUGCACGAGGAGACCGUCGAGCAUUGUCCCGAGGCGGAAGCGCCAUCAGACGACGCCAGUGCAACUAUGGUCUCAUCAUCGCGUCCUCCAUCGCCCAUCGCAUAUAAGGUUUCCUCUGUGAAGCCAACCCACCCGCGCGUAUUCAAGAACUGGAAGUCGCGCUACGCAUGCGCGCGCGCUUCUCCUCUUGUAUGCGUCAACCAGCAAUUGGCCGAAGAGCUUGAUGUCCUCCGUCGGUCUCGCGAGCUCGAAGGACUCCGGGUGAACGCGCUGAGCUACGAGCGUUCCGUUGCGAUAAUCAAAUGCAAGUUCCUAAGACAUUCCUUGUACUCGGAACCUCACGAAGAAACCACCCGCGAAUCAGAACGGUUCCAGUCCCUCUCGACCUUCGCCUCAAUCUACGGAAUCGGCCCUGUCAAGGCACGCAAGCUAUACGACCUUGGACUGCGCACUAUUGAGGACCUCGAGAGGUACUACGACGUGCCAGCAGGCUUAACCGCCAACGAUCUACCCGAGCUGCAAGAAACUGCUUUGCUCACUCCGAAUGGGAACAGAAUACCUCAGCCACUGAUGUCCAGUGCGAAGGGAAAAGGAAAAGAUGUGAAGCUCCCUGACAUGUCCGUCAAGAUCGCCCUCGUGUUGAGGGAGGAUUUGACGACACCGAUUCCUAGAGAAGAGGUGGAAGAGAUGCACCGAGUUGUCAUGAAGGUGCUGGAAGAGAUCCAGCCCGGUUGCGUUAGUACGAUUGUCGGCGGAUACCGACGUGGAAAACCCCAAAGCAAUGAUGCGGAUAUCAUUAUCAGCCACUCUGACCUGAAGAGCGGAGCCGGAUUGGUGAAAGGACUGUGCACCAAACUAACGCAGCGACUAUAUGCGAAAGGACUAGUUACUCAUCUAAUGCACCUGUCCGGGUUUCACGCCCACAAUGCUCUCAAGACGGGGCACUGGGACUCGCUCGAGAAGGCCCUAACGGUCUUCGUCCUCCAGUCUAAUGGCAAGCAGAGGCGCAUUCACAGACGGCUAGAUUUGAUCUUUGCUGCUCCUGAAGCUUACUGGACGGCCGUGAUUGGGUGGUCCGGCUCAAGGAUGUUUGAAAGGGACCUGAGGCUGUGGGCCAAGCAGGAGAAAGGGAUGAAGUUCGAUAGCUCUGGAUUGACGAGACGGCACGAUUCUCGAUUAUACAUCCCGCGGAGUGAGCAAGAGGUCUUCGAUAUUCUGAGUCUGGACUGGGUUGACCCAACGAUGCGUAAUGCUAACGCAUGA